AUGGCCAUCGGGAUCGCAAUCGACCUCCACAGGAUCCAUAUCGCCGUUUACAAGUCAUCAACAAGAUCUACUCAGUUUGCCUUCAAUCUUUGGCUGAUUGGAGCGGCCGCUUUUUACUUUGUUUUCAUCUACGGCGCAAUCUUGGAUUAUUUCAUCCAAUUCUCCAAGGUCGGUAUCGUUACAAACAACAACUCGACGGUUGAGACAGCGACAAUGAUUACACCCGACCAGCACGAUCAGCCAUUGUCAUCGUCGUCUCUACAAACAACAACACCACAGAUGUGGGAAGAGACCAAGUACUAUAUUGACUGUGGGCUUCACUUGGUGCUCGGUCUUGGACUGAAGGCCAUUUUGAACCAGCGACGUCAAUUGGACCUUGAGCGUGAGGAACAACAACACCACCACCUCUACCACCACCUCCUGGUGUCCUCCGAUAAGGGCCUUCCGACUCCUAUUGCCUCGGCGUCAUCUGUCGAGGGCUUUAAGACGGAGGUAGAGCUUGGUCGAUUGCGAUUGAGGGUACCCACUUGGCCUCGCUUCUUUGUGGCGAUUUGGUUCUUGUGGUCGAUUUACGAUGGCGCACACCAUGUGUCUCAUUUUGCGUCGGCGCAUCGUCUCUCAGUACGCGAGUACGCCCAGCUCGCGAUCUCAUUAACGCAAAGCAUCACAGGCCUCUACAUCCUCUACCGCAAAUCCCUCGUCAUGACCCAAUGGCUCUUCUACUCCCUCUGUGUUACAGCCGUAUACCAGACCAUCAGCGCCAACAUCGGAUUCUGGAACGAGGAUCUCAAAAAGAACUUUGCAGAGCUUGCAGAGACCAUUGAGAAUGAUGAGGGGGGUGGCGCCAGCUUGAAGGAUUUUGCCGACAAGACGGAUGAAGAGAUCCUUCUUAUGCGCGUCUUGUACAUGACGGGUGCGACAUUGUUUUAUCUGGGGCGACUUUGGGUUGCUUGGAGGUUGGUCGCUGAUCUGAAGGCGCGUAAUGCUAGGGUUGCGAGGGCGGUGGGGUUGAUUUGA